AUGGAGAUCCACAAGACCAUGCCCUCUACUACGUACUCUAAUAAUAUCUAUCAAACCUCCUUUUCUAGUAAUAAUAUUCAGCCUUACCAAUAUCAAACAAUAAAUUUCAUACAACAAAAAUACCAUCACCAUAAAUUAUUUCCUGUCAAGAAUGUUUUGGAUGCAUCAAUGUUUCCUGUUUCUCAAAGAAAGAAUUUAACACCAAAAAACUCGGAGAUUGCAAAGAAAACAACGGAAUUUACCAAUAACCCAGAUUUCGCAUCGAAAGUUUUAAUCAAUAAUUCAACAUCAUCACGACCUGCAUCAAAUUCAACCGCCAACAUGUCAAGGCAUCAUCGCAAAAUGUUUGAAUCGAUAACAAAAAAUUGCGUCGUAUCAAGGGAUUGCGUUGAUUCAAAAAACCCGUUGGUGCCAACGAAUCGACCGGAUUCUAAAAAUCAAAGGCCUACACCAACAAAAAACCAUAAAAAUCCCACGGUUUGUGCUAAUGCUCGUAAUGAUCCUUCUCUGUCAAAGAACUUUGAAUCAAAUUCGGUGUACGUGCUAAAAUUGGCAAAGAAUAAGUUUUCGGUGACAACCACGCGAAGGCUUAAAAAGGAUGAAUUCAUAUUACGAUACAUUGGUGACAAACCCUCGACAGAUAAUUUUCUUCAACUUAAACAAGAAUAUAGUGAUCUGGAUGUUUAUUUUGAUCGGUUUAUUGAGAAUCGUGGUGUCAUAUUGGAUGGUAAUAUGUACGCGCCAUUUAUUCGCAGGUGUGAUACACCAAAUUGUUACAUUCAGGUUACGAGAGAAGGCAACAAAAAGGACAAUAAUAAUAAUAAUAGUUGUAAAAGUCACGAUGACGAAAAUUUAAUAUACAAAGUGGAAAUAUUUGCACUCUGUGAUAUUAAAUCUGGUGUGGAGCUUAAACUUGGAUUGAAUCUUACCGAGAACAGCGAUCUGACUUCCUUCACUCUGCAAAAUCGUCCACAAUCCACGGCAAGUUCGAACUUACGUCAUUCUCUUCAAUCACCUCAAGAUUCAUUUCCCAUGUCAAUCCAAAUAACAUCUGAGGAACGUCACCAUCACAACAAAUUUCAAAACCUAAUCACUGCCAUCCAACUCCUCGAGACCUCUGUGGUAAACUACUGUAUCGAACACGCACCCGAUCCCAUCACCUCCCCCGCGGAGAAACUCACCGAGACCAUCAUAAUGCUAUUUGGUUUACCUCAAUCGAUGUUUUCCAGGGUUCAUACGAUAAUUUUGACUUGUCUACGGGAAAGCAUCGGGAUUGACCAAUGUCAGACCUGUUUGCUCAACGCGUUUAGAUUGUUUCUUGAGUGGAAUACGACGAGCGAUGGCAGCGGCGAGGUGAAUAUGAAUACUUCUACACUUAUUCACGGAUCCACUUCGUCUUCACAUACGCCCAGAAACCACCGCCGUCAGCAUAGUAGCAGAAGUCCAAAAAUUUCUCUGUUCGAAAAAUUCGUCACGUGUUUUCUGCUCUCGAUAAAAGGCACCUUCGACGUAAUACCAAUUCCCACCUUCAUGUGGUCUGAAAGGUUAAGUAUUUCAAAAUAUAAGUUGGUGAGGUGGGAAUUGGAAUGUUUGAAAGCGAUCAGGUUUGAGGUGGUGAUCACAUCGACACUAUAUUUUUGUUGGCUGGGCAAACUCUGUGAUGAUUUGGAAGUUUGA